UAGAGAGAGAGAGAGCUGGGGAGGGAGGUGCAGGAGGAAAAGGAGUGGCCUUCUGCAGAUAGUCGCCCUCUCUGCCGGAGUGAAGUCUUCUCACUGUGGCAGCUUGUAGGAGGGAAAACAAAACUAGGAACUUUGAGAUACUAGAAGAAAAGAGAGAGAGAGAGCUGUCUUCAAACCACAUUUUCUCCCAGGGCUGUCUGUGGGUUGUACACAAUCAUGGCAUCCGCAGCUACACCAAAAAGGAUGGUGUCCUCUGUCUUUAUCACUCUGGCAUCUCCUUACCGAGCCACUGUGACACAGCAGCAGCAGCCUGCCCUCCAGGCUCACAGUGCCCCUGCUAGAGACAAGCAGCACACCGCUGUACGGGUCAGCCCAAGUGACAGCAUCCCUGCCCUCAGACACAAGAGAGAGGACCACUCACCACCUGAGUCGUACAGCAGUGCAGACAGCAAAAGCCGGACUCAUGCAGGGUCCUCGGCCCGAGCUUCAGACCCUCAGAGUCCCACCAAACCCGCCCAACCUGGACCCAACAGAGGAAAGCUGCAAGAGGACGACAGAGGUGCUGCAGAGCUGUUCCCUCCUCCUCCUCCUCCUCCUCCUCCUGCUGUUGCUGCUGCACUGCCUUCAUCUCUGAGAGGAGCACUCCCUGAAGAAUCUCCACUUCCACCACCUCCUCCUGCCCAGACACCUCUCUCACACCCUCUGACCCCGGGCCAGCAGCCAGUUUACAAUAGAGAGGUGGAAACAAUCACACCAUCUAGUGGGUUAAACCAAGAUGAACAGUCCCAGGGGAUCCAUAAAAAUGGCCAGGACAUGAGCAUGGAGAGUAAAGAAGUGUGCGGCUUCUGUCGGAAGCCCGUAGCUCUCUCUGAACCUGCGAUAGAGGCCUUGAACAGGACUUACCAUGACGGCUGUUUCCAGUGUAGAUCCUGUCACAUUCCCCUGGCUGGUAAACAGUACUACAACAAGGCAGGAAUCCCACUCUGUGAAGAAUGCUACCAGGCCAGUCUGGAGCUUUGUUGGGCGUGUGGGGAGGUUAUCACAGACCAUGUGAUCCGUGCGCUGGAGCGAGCAUACCAUCCUUCUUGUUUCACCUGCACAACAUGUAAACAGCAAAUUGGAGAGCAAGCUUUUGCUCAAGGAGAAGUUGGAGAGGUGUACUGUCUCCAGGACUACUACAGGAAGUACGCUCCAAAGUGUAGCGCCUGUAACCAGCUAAUUAUUCCAAAAGAAGAUGGUACUGACAGCUACACUGUUGAAUGUCUGGGACGCUCCUACCAUGAGAACUGCUACAGAUGUGAGGUCUGCGUCAUCCAGCUCUCUCCUGAACCAAACGAGCACGGCUGCUAUCCGCUGGAUGGAAAGAUGCUUUGCAAAUCUUGCCAUCUGAGCCUGGUCUCUGGCCAGCACUAACACUGGCCUCGCUGCCCCGUGACAAACUGCAAUCGAUGGAAAAGUGCCACAAGUCCAGGUUUAAAGAAACCGGAGAAUGUGCAUGUACAUUUAAGACUCCAGCAAACGAAUGUCACACAUCUUUUUUUCCCAAAAGAGCAACAAUGAAAUAUGGUUAUUUUUUAUAAUAUAUCAUGCUUUCUGAAGAUCCUCUUUUUCCUCUUUUAUACUUGAUAAUUUUGCACUCAAUAAACUCUACAAAAUGCACCAAAUAUAUUUAUGCAACAGACUUACAGCAAACGUUAUUUGAAUCUUUGUAAGUCUUCAUCAGUAUACUGUUUCUCAAUCACAUUAUCCCUUUAUAUGAAAAAAUAAAACUUUAUAUAAAAAACAAAAACGUUUAUAUGAAAGUAAACUAAUAUAUUUUAUCUCGAGGCAGGCUUCAACAAACACAUACACAUCAGUAAGCAUCAAGAUGUGAAAAAAAAUAUUUCAGUGAUAUCACAAACCACUGUCAAACAAAAAUGGAAGAGUUUUUCCUGAAUACAUGAUGCAUUUUUUUUUUUUUUUUACCACAUUUACACGAGUCCAGGGACAGUUUUGUGUCGCACUACCAGGCCAAGACUUCUGCGCUUGAAGCUGCAGAAACUUUACACAGCUGCCUGAAUUCAUGUCCUGUGGUCACUCUUCAAACAGGAUCGUUUUACUCACCUGUCAGGUUAAACAGGCGAAACAAACCUUCAGGUGACAUAUUAAACUUUUAUAAAAUAAUGUAUAACACGGCACAAUAACUGACUCUGUGGAACUCAAUAUGGACCAAAAACCUGAAGGUGUUUUUGGUGUGAAUGUGAUUAAAUCCAAAUUUUAACACAUUAAGAUCUUUAUAGACCACAGGGCCUGAGUUUUGCCUCUGUCCACACUGAUUUGACAUUUCAAUAUUAAGUCUCAUUUGAAUCCCAGCUCAAUUACUUGGUUAUUUAUGUUCUGUAUCUCCAAAUGACAUGUUUGUGGAAUUAUAUUUCUGUGUAUUAAAAACAUUUAUUAAAACCUUUUUUCUGGAUAAAGUAA